AUGUCUAAUUCAACUACAUACUUUAUCGCCGGCGCAUCAAGGGGCCUCGGACUGGAAUUAAGCACUCAGCUUGCCAAGACUUCAAGCAAUAAGAUCUAUGCUACAUACAGAACCAAGUCCACUGCCCAGGGUCUGUUUGAUCUUGCUGCUGCCCACAACAAUGUUGAGCUAUUGGUCGUUGACUUGAACUCCGAAGAGUCUAUUGAAUCCCUCAAACUUCCUGAUGAAAUUGAUAUUGUCAUAAUGAACGCAGGUAUUGCAGACUCAUACUACCCUGUGUUGGAGGCAAAACGUGAUAGCUUCUUACGCCACUUCAUUACCAAUGCUGUCGGACCAAUUACUCUAUUCCAACAGGUUUUUCCACACCUGUCUCCUUCUGCUAGAGCGUAUUUCAUUUCAAGUUUUGGAGGAUCGAUCACUGGUGAUGUCCCACUCGCUGUCAGUGCAUAUGGUGCAUCUAAGGCAGCAUUAAACUAUUCUGUCAAAAAACUCAGUGUUGAACAGCCAAACAUUACCUUUGUCCUAGUUCACCCUGGCGUUCUCAGAACCGAUAUGGGCGACUAUGGAAAGAAAGCCGUUGCAGGUGACAACAAAGAGCUUCAGGCAAUGUUUGAUGGAAUGAGUGUCCCUGCAGAGGUCAGUGCUGCUGGCGUCAUCGAGGUUGUUGACACCUUUAACAAACCCUCAGAUACAGGAAAGUUUGUCGACGCUCUUACCAAAUCAGAGCUCCCAUUUUAA